CGGAAAGUGCACAACAGGCGGAGACAAAUCACACGACGACGGGAGGACGGACGACUGACCCUCACUCCAACCUUCUUUCCACUUCAAGUUCUGAACACCACCGCUUCGGCUCGAAACUGAGCAUCUUCCUUCUUGCCAAAUCUGCACUUCUAUUCCUUCCCCCCUCCAUCAUCGGCAGCGGGGGGAAGAACUUUGCAGGAUCGGACUCAUUGCCGCACUCCCACAUCAUCCGUCAACAUGUCCAUAUGAUCAUCAAGUGGAAGAUGGCUCGGCCCUGACCGACCGACCGCUUCCAAGAGGCACAGAUCGCUGAGCCUCAAAAUGGAAUUUCACCACCAACCAGCUUCCAACAUUGUCUCUGAGACAGAACCUGUGAGUCCUGUCCAUCUGGCACAAGCGUCGCCAUUCUGCCUGCAUCCCAGAGAAGCAGAUUUACCGUCAUGGGGUUACACGGUCCCACCACCAGACCAACGACAUGACAGAAUCUUACCUAGUCUUCCUACCUCGGAAUACCUGCCUCGUCUUCUUUCAGCUUACGUUGUCGAUGCGCUCCUGUGGGAAUGGCUCCCAUUUCAUACCAUGCAGACCGCUUCUUUCGAACCAAGGAAUUUGGAAGCCGUUGAAAUCCUCCUCGUUCUUCUCUUUCUUUUCGAGUUUGGGUUUCUACCUAUCAAGCUGAGCCAACAGGUCAGACAGCCGCCCACCUGCCCACUCAUCUCCGAAAGAUGGCACGGUGGGCAGAAAGCUCGGUCACGGUGCCGACUCGGAUUCCAGAACCCCCUCAGAAGCCUGAAGCCCAACAGUCGCCGUUAUGGCGGGAGCCAACGAUCAAGUGUGGUGAGUAGCAAUGGCAGCUUCAAGACUUUUCACUGGCCUUUAUCACUAUGUCUGGUGUGCAUCCUCACAGCGCCCUUUGUGUCUGAGUACUACAUUGACUGUAUUGCCCGUCCUCUGUCCUCACAAUAGCAUCCAAAACAAAUCCCUGACCAGCUGGAUAUCUCCGACUUAGCCAGUAUCAAACUUCGCAAGCGUAGCCGCACUACGCAGGAAGCUACUUC